GUCCAGUUAGUAGUGAAACAUGAAGGGACUAGCGUUGAUUGCCUUAAGUGCUGUGAUCUUGGCCUGUGGCCAAGCGAGAAUCCUCCAGCAGGAGCAGGAUUUGUCAUGGGAAUUGCCCAUGCCCGUGCCCCUUAACGACCAGAUUGAGGGUAGAGCCGCUGGCUGUUCCAUCAAGAUACGUGGCUCUGAGCUGAAGAAUCCCCAGCCGCUGUUGAUUAAGCCCGGCACCUCUGAUUUCUUUGGCUACUCUGACACCGGCUUUGUCGAUGUGGAGAAGGACAAGACCAUCGAGUUCCACUGCACCAGCAGCCUGGCCUCUCCCCUGUCCGGCAGAUCGGUGACGGCCAAGUGCGUGGAGGGCACCACCUUUAGGAUCGGCGACAAGGAUCACGAUGUCUCCGCCUUCAAGUGCACCUCGUGGCCAGCCUUUGUAGGCAAGAAGUCUGGUGCCAGCUGCAACGGCGGCACCACCCUCAUCCGCGUCGGCUUCGAACUGGACGGUGGCCGUUUCGCCAAACAGUACGAGGUGUGCUUCAACGAGGACGAGGAGGUGACCCGCUAUGUCUACCACACACUGGAGCCUGGAAAUAACUACUAUGCCACUGGCGUGGAUCGCAUCACCUUCGGCGCUGGCGGCUUCUUUGCCGGCAAGAAUGUGGACAAGCUCUACACUCAGGUGACGCAAAAGGAAACCAUCGACAAGGAGUUGGGCAUGGAUUCGAACCGCUACUUUGAUUCGGCCAAGAAUGUGUUCCUGGCCCGCGGUCAUAUGGGUGCCAAGGCUGACUUCGUGUAUGCCCCCGAGCAGCGUGCCACGUUCCUGUUCAUCAAUGCCGCUCCCCAGUGGCAGACCUUCAAUGCCGGCAACUGGGCUCGCGUGGAGGACGGAGUCCGCGCCUGGGUGUCCAAGGAGAAGAAGCAUGUCGAGUGCUACACCGGUGUCUGGGGUGUCACCACGCUGCCCAACAAGGAUGGCAGGCAGACUGGACUGUACUUGGCCCAUGAUAACAAUGGCAACGGCCUGAUCCCUGUGCCCAAGAUCUACUUCCGCGUGGUCAUUGAGCCAUCCACCAGGAGGGGCAUUGUCUUGGUCGGCGUCAACAAUCCCCAUUUGAGUCUGGAGGAGAUCAAGCGCGACUAUGUGUUGUGCGAGGAUGUCAGUGACAAGAUCAACUGGAUCAGCUGGAAGAAGACUGACAUCUUGGCGGGCUAUUCCUAUGCCUGCGAGGUGCCCGAGUUCCGCAAGCGAGUCGAUCACUUGCCACAGUUCUCAGUCAGUGGCCUGCUGGUGUAGACAACAAAGCAAUCUUUUGAAUACACUGUAAAAAACCUGUCAUGAACAAACGA